AGCACUGACGAAUGUGUAUAUAUACAGGGAGGACACAUCCAUCUGACUCAGAUACAAGGUGUGCGCUCUCUGCUUUAAUUACAAACUUGUUCUAGCUCCCUUCCUCCCUCCUUGCUUGCGUAGCAGCCAGCAAGCUGAGUAAUGGCCUUCAGCGAUGACGAGAAGCCUCCCAGUUCCAACACUGGGAGCACCAAGGGCCUGGUGACGAUCAAGCCGGCCAAGUACUUCAAGGACGACGCGGCGCUGACGGCGGACACGGUGAUCGCGGAGGUGGAGAUCAACGCGACAUCCUCCACCACGGUGAGGGAGGGGCUGGACCUUGUGGCCGUGCUCGACGUUAGCGGCAGCAUGGGCAACACCAAGAAUCCCGACAAGGCCAAGAUCGAGAGCCUGAAGAAAGCCCUGACGUUCGUGAUCAUGAAGCUCACCCCCGUGGACCGCCUCUCCAUCGUCACCUUCUCCACCGACGUGAAGCAGCGCACCCCGCUGCGCUCCAUGACCCCGGCCGCCCAGAACGACCUCAAGGCCCUCGUCGACGGCCUCCAGGCCGGCGGCUGGACCAACAUCCAGGCCGGCCUCCAGACCGGGCUGGACGUCAUCGCCGGCCGCGUCCACACCAAGGCCCGCACCGCCAACAUCUUCCUCAUGUCCGACGGGAACCAGCAGCUCAGCCAGCACGACGUCGGCGGGAAGGUCGACGUCGACCCCGGCCACGUCGCCAUCUACACGUUCGGCUUCGGCAAGGACACCAACCACCACCUGAUGAGCGAGAUCGCCAGGAAAUCCCCCGGCGGGACCUUCAGCUCCGUGCCGGACGAUUCCCAGGUGACCCUUCCCUUCUCGCAGAUGCUGGCCGGGCUCCUCACCGUGGUGGCGCAGGACGUGGAGCUCACCCUGAGACCCAACCCCAAGCCGGACGAGGAGGAGUUGGAGACCAUCGAGGUGGCCCCCGGCACCGACUACACGAGGAUCCCGGAAGGCCCCUCGUCCGGCACGAUCACCAUCAAGUUCGGCACCCUCUUCGCCGGAGAAGGGCGCAAGGUCCUCAUCACCCUUAACCUCAAGGACGUGACCAAGAAGGACGAGGAUGGCAACGACGUCGAGAUCGACGAGUACGACGCGACGCUAGCGGAAGCCCAGCACAGCUUCACCGCCCAGGGGAGGCCAAAGGAUCCCCAGGUCCCGCAGGACAUCCAGAUCCGGCGCACCUCGACGCCAUCCGAAGGCCCAGGUGCGAGCAGCAAGGCGAGGCAGGUGCAGGCCGAGAUGGCCAGGCGGGACCACGCCGAGGCGAUCAGGAAGGCGAGGGAGCUGGCGGACGCCGGCGAGCUCGAGGAGGCGAGGUACAAGCUGGUGGACGCACAGAACGCGCUGGAGGACAUCGUGCUCGACCGCCUGGAGGACGGGCAGAAGCUGGUGAACUCGCUCCGGGCCGAGCUCGUGCAGCUGAUCAAGUACAUGGAGACGGAGAAGCUCUACAACGACAAGGGAAAGGCCUACGCCCUUGCCUCCGAAAGCUGCCACGGUCGCCAGCGCUACACCGCCAGGGGUGGCGACGACGAGGACGACGUGCGCCUCUUCGCCACGCCGCGGAUGGACACCUACCGCGAGCAGGCCAAGAACUACGAGAAGAACCCCACCGCGCCGGUGCCCACCGCCGCCGAGGACGUCAAGCAGGAGGUCGCCGCCAACCCGCUCGCCGCCAUCUCCACAGAACUCGCAUACUACCUCCGCAACGCCAUCCAGGCGCUGCAGGCCAUCGAGAGGAUUGUCAGCGCCCCAAGCGCCAAGCCAGCCACCCCGCUCUGAUUUAAUUAUCCUGUGCGAUCACGCGCGUCUCGUCGUUUAAUUUCCUUUCCUUCUUAUUCCGCCACAUGUACGUGUCCAAUAAGCGCGCUACACAGUGUGUCCAAUAAGCCAACAACUUGUUUUUGUUUUAUCAGUCCACAUCAUUGGAAUUUACUGUAAGAAGAAACAGAAUUGCUUCAACUGAACCUCAAAAA